CAGGCCCUGCCUCAGCUGGGCAGGAAGAAGAGGACCCAGCUUGGCUGGGGGCAGUGGGCAGGGGGCCCUCGGGUGGGCCAACCAGCCCUGGAUGCUGCCUCCAGCCUCUAUGUAGGGUACCUGCCAGCCCUCACCCCCCUCUUGGGCCAAUCACAGAAAGAACAAGGCAGAAGCCAAGAGAGAAAAGGAGGAGGCUUGGCAUAUCUGGCCAAGGGAGGGGAGGGUCACCGCCAGCCUGGGGCCUGGAAGCAGCACAGACAACAGCACCUCUCUACCGGGGCCGGCAGCCCUGAUGCCUAAAAGGCUGGGUAGACUCAACAUCCCAAGAGAUGAACACAUAAGCUCUGGCUCCUGCAGAAAGACAACAGGGACUGGGAGGGGCUGGGACACACUGGGUCCAGCUUCACCGAGCCCUGUCCUGCCAGUGACAACGGAAUAGCAUGGAAUAGUCCAGAGCCGGCCCAACCAGAGACAAAAGGCAAGAGGAUUCACCACAGCCUUGGGGAGAACACUGGGAUCUCCGAGCUGCCCUGUCCCCAUGGACUCCGCCCCACUGAGGCCAGCCAGCAGGGAGCCUGAUGUGGGACUCGAUCCCGGGACUCCAGGAUCAUGACCUUAGCCGAAGGCAGUCGCUUAACCAACGGAGCCACCCAGGCGCCCCUGAGCGCUUUUUAGAUGGGAUUUCAUCUCGUCAUCAGAACUGGGGAAUAGAAGGUGUUAUCUACCUUUACAGCCAGCCCCACCCAGACGAGGGCCACCCGCCGCCCCUCGAAGCUGUCCCAGUCCCCUGGAAGAGUGUGGGCCCCAGCAAAAGCCACAGGGAGUCCCCAAGAGGCCUGGCGGAGACCCCUGGAGGGGAGGAGGGCCCUGCAGCCGCCCAACUGGACGUGUUGCGCCUGCGAAGCUCUUCCAUGGAGAUCCGGGAGAAGGGCUCGGAGUUCCUGAAGGAGGAGCUGCACAAAGCCCAGAAGGAGCUGAAGCUGAAGGACGAGGAGUGUGAGCGGCUGUCCAAGGUGCGGGAGCAGCUAGAACGGGAGCUAGAGGAGCUGACGGCCAGCCUGUUCGAGAGCCUGCCUUCUCCCCAGGAAGCCCACAAGAUGGUGCGGGAAGCCAACAUGAAGCAGGCCGCGUCGGAAAAACAGCUGAAGGAGGCGCGGGGCAAGAUCGACAUGCUGCAGGCAGAGGUGAGCGCCUUGAAGACACUGGUCCUCACAUCCACACCAGCCUCUCCCAACCGCGAGCUCCACCCACAGCUGCUGAGCCCCACCAAGGCCGGACCCCGCAAGGGCCACUUGCGUCAUAAGAGCACCAGCAGCACCCUCUGCCCCGCGGUGUGCCCCGCGGCUGGACAUACCCUCACCCCGGACAAGGAGGGCAAAGAGCCUGGGCUGCCCCCCCUCCUCUCCCUGCUCCUCUGCGUGGUCCCCAGCAAAGCUGUUCACCUCACCUACGAGCCGGCCUGGCAGCUCCUGUCUGGGGAGCCGCUCACGGCCCCCACCUCCGCUACCUCUUUCUCCUUUUCCCGACAGGUGGAUACAACUCUGUUCGCAGAGUUCCAGGCCUGGCGAGAAUCGCCCACCCUGGACAAGACCUGCCCCUUCCUCGAAAGGGUGUACCGGGAGGACGUGGGCCCCUGUCUGGACUUCACCAUGCAGGAGCUCUCAGCACUGGUCCGGGCCGCGGUGGAGGACAACACACUCACCAUUGAGCCGGUGGCUUCGCAGUCGCUGCCCACCGUGAAGGUGGCCACAGUUGAGUGUGGCAGCACCAAUACCUGUGCCCUAAGCGGGCUGGCUCGUGCCUGUCACCACCGAAUCCGGCUUGGGGACUCUGAGAGCCACUACUACAUCUCGCCGUCCUCCCGGGCCAGGAUCACCGCAGUGUGCAACUUCUUCACGUACAUCCGCUACAUCCAGCAAGGCCUGGUGCGGCAGGAAGCGGAGCCGAUGUUUUGGGAGAUCACGAGGCUGCGGAAGGAGAUGUCGCUGGCGAAGCUCGGCUUCUUCCCCCAGGAGGCCUAGGGCAUGGCCCGGGCCUAGAGGGGGGCUCUCAGCAGCAGCUGACCCCUGCCCCAGCACAGACAGACAGGAAGACAGGGUCCUGGAGCCGGCCCUGAGCCAGAAGCUGAGCAGAUGGACAGAUGGCCAGGCUGCGGACGCCUUGCUGAGCUGGUACCAAACCUUUGUCCCAGGACGGACAGGACCUCAUGAGCCGACGCUUCUCCCUUCAUCAGUGGCACACAGCCACCAGCGGACUUUCAAGAAAGCGCCAAAGACCAAGGAGCUUGGACCCAUACUCAGGGGCUCAGCCCUUAGGAGGGGGUACCUGGGGCAGCACCCCCUUUACGGGCCUGGGAGCUGCUGCUUGCAGGUGCCUUGUUGCUGCCAUGUCCUCAGAAAGGGGCCAUGCUGGGUGGCCUGACCUCCAGGGUAUCCCCCCGCCCCCAACCUCUGGUCCCAAGCCCUGGGCCACCAGCACCCCCUGGUGGCCAUCCCUCACCCAUUCCCAGGUGGCCUCCCUGUCAGACUGCCCCCAGCUGCCACCCCCCCCCCUUCUCCAGUGUCCGCGGGGCGGUGGGGCCACAAGGGCCUGUCAAGGACUUGCACACCAACCUGGAUCUGCUUGAGAACUGCCCCCAAACUGUUCUUAAGAUGGAUCAGGGCCCCUCCUCCUUGCACUUGACCUUCCCCCUCCCGCAUCUGAGCUCUGUGCUCAGGGGGGCCUUGCCCCCACCACCGCUGGAAGGAUUAGGAUACUUUUCUCCCAAAGUAAAACACAGACAGGGCCUCAGGACACCCGUGUCUGUGUUCAGCUGUGGGUGGCCUUUCAGACAAUGGGGGCUGAGGCCGCCAAGCCCUGCACACAGGACUGGGGUAGGAUGGGCAGGCCCCAGGCCCCUCCUCACCCCUCACAGCCCACUUGGGACUGGGGUCCAACCUGAACACAUCCCUCACCACAGCUGAUUUCCUCCUUUGAAUGGAAUGUAACACGAUCUCUAUUUAAUAAAGGAAGGCUUUG